AUCGAAUAAAAUCACCCCGCCACCACCACCGUUCUCACCAGCAAUGGAACCAAAACAAAAACACAAAAAACAAAAGCUAAAAAGCAAAUCUUUAAUUUAGAUAAAUACACUCUUUCUAUUGGUUCUUAAUCAUUUGACCACCAUCUCCUCCGCCGUUCAAUUUCAAUUUCUCUAUUUUUAUGGCUGAGUUGACUCAGUCCGAGGUGGUUUACUCACCUCGGUCUCUUCAACUAUGGAGCACGCUUUGGAACUGGCUCGCUUUCUUCUUCCAGAUCUUUCUGCAGAUCGUUAGAGCUUUAGGUCACCUUCCUCUUCUUUCUUCUUCUUCCUCUUCUCAGUCUUUUAAACCUUUGCCAGUCGUUGAAUUGCCUGAGACUGAUUCUCCAGCCACUUUGGAGAUCACCGCUGGCCCUGAAUCCUCUCCUGUCGACGAGCCUAUUAAAAAACUCACGGUGGUUCUUGACUUGGAUGAAACUCUAGUAUGCGCGUAUGAGACAUCUAGUUUGCCAGCUAUUCUACGUAAUCAAGCAAUAGAAGCUGGACUGAGGUGGUUUGAGCUGGAAUGCGUGUCUUCUGACAAGGAAUGUGAAGGAAAACCUAAAAUCAAUUAUGUCACAGUGUUUGAGCGUCCAGGGUUGGCUGAAUUUCUAAAAAAACUGAGUGAAUUUUCUGAUCUUGUGCUGUUUACUGCUGGUCUUGAAGGUUAUGCUAAACCCCUUGUGGACAAAAUUGAUACAGACAAUCUAUUUAGUCUUCGCCUGUAUCGGCCUUCAACAAUUAGCACGGAGUAUAGGGAGCAUGUGAAGGAUCUGUCAUGCCUAUCGAAGGAUCCCUGCCGCACUGUUAUAGUUGAUAACAAUCCAUUUAGUUUCUUGUUGCAACCGUUGAAUGGAAUUCCAUGUGUUCCUUUCUCUGCAGGUCAACCAUAUGAUACACAGGUGAUUUUAUAUGGGUUUAUCAGCUUAUGGAUGUGCUUCUUCCUCUCCUCAAGCAUCUCUCUGAGCAGAAAGAUGUCAGACCCGUGCUAUAUGAAAGAUUCCGCAUGCCUGAAUGGUUUCAAAAGCAGGGAAUCCCUGCUUCUGGAUGGACACAGUAGAUAAAGAUAGAAUUCAAUGAAAGCCACCAUCCUUUUACUAUCGAUACAGUUAUCACUCAAAAGGCAGCAUUUUGUGUAGGAGACACGACUUUUUUGUAUAGCAUUAAUUUGUUUGCCAGAGGCAUUCACGAAAGCCAAAGUGCAUGCAGAAUCAGAAAAAGAAUCGAUUUACUGCUUUCAUUUGCCAAAUAGGUAUAACAGUUGCUCUGUAGAUUUGUUACUCUUAUUCUUAUUGUAAUUUUGUUUAUAUGUUUGCUGCUCUCUUUAAUGUUUAUGUAUCCUUCUGACUUUUGUAAAUUGUGCUUCAGCAAUGAUUAUUAGUAAUUCUGAUUUCUCAC